UGUGGCCUCGUUCCUCUGUAAAGGUUUGGCACAGCAAGGGAUGUGGCGUGCGCCCAUCAUGUGUCUAUCCGUGAAUAUUGUUGCUGCAUUCACAUGGUGGCUCUGUUUUGAGGUUGAUGCAUACGCAUUUUGUCCAACGACGGCAAAGGCGCAGGCACGGGCCGGGCGCUACACUUCAUGUACAUCAUCAUCGUUGUACCGCCGGCGCGAAGAGUACGUGGCGCCUCUCGACAUGAGCUCCAAGGAGGAGCAAGAAAGGGCCAGUGAGAAUAAGUACCUGUCGGUGACAAAACUCUCGAGAGAACAGGUGCUUUUUGGCGGCUUGGCAGCAUGCUUUGGGUCUGCGUACCUUGGCGCAAGCCAGGACCAAACUUCCUAUCGCGCUCGUAAACGAGAUCUGUUCAGGAGUAUCGCCGGCGGUGGUGAGAACGAAUUCAGAGAUAUCCUGGAGGUUGGGGUCGGAGGAAACCCUAAGGUGGGCGGCUUCAACAACUUGGAGUUCUACCGCCGUGGGCAGCGAAUAAUUGGAGUUGAUCCCACUCUGUCGGGCGAACCUUCGCAGGCUCUUGAGCGGGCGACCGAAAAGGCGCAAAAGCUCGGACUCACUCUGCGAGGAGUGGGAGGGAUUGCUGAGGAGUUGCCGUUCGAAACAGGCUCCUUCGACGCGGUGGUAUCAACGCUCGUGUUUUGCUCCGUUCGCGACCCCGCGGCGGCUCUGCGAGAGGUAUCAAGGGUGCUCCGCCCAGGAGGAAAAUUCCUCUUUGUCGAGCAUGUCCAUGCGCCGGACGAAGGCUUGUCGAUUCUAGGCCUUCGGCAACAGCAAGAGUUGUUAGAUCCCCUGCAGCAACUCCUGGCCGACGGGUGCCAUCUCACGCGCGAGACUGACCAACUCAUCAGAGACUCAGCUGGCGAAUCUCCGUCAAGGAAUCGGCUAUUCUCGCGAAUAGAAACCAUUGAGAGCGUACGGAUAAAGAGCAUGUGGCCUGUCUCCGAGCAGGUAUUCGGGGUGGUGGUGAAGUGAACCAUGAACAAUCCCAGGGCGCUUGAACGAGUCUCAUAAGUUGUGUACUUUGAACAAAAUCCGGAUCAGGGUCGCGUCGUCGUGUGCCGUAGCUUCUGGCAAGUGUGUACAGAGCACCUUUUUUGUUACGCUGUGGGGUAGCCCAAACAGUACUCCAGCCGUCUGUCUGUGCCUGUAAGCGCCGGGCAGCGCCGCUUGCGUAGCCAGCAACGUGGCGUACGGAUUCGGGGAUGAUUGCUCCAGCACAUGCACUCCCAGCAAAAAUGAACCACACGUUCUUUGGGGAACUGAGGGACCAACAAGGGGCGGGCACGUGUGUGCGAGUCUAGAAAACGACUUUUGCGUCCUUGCCUAUGUCCUGCCACUGAACGCCACUGCGUGACAUGUCAGGCACAUCCAUUGUCUAGUGAAGCACGCGCGGCUUUCGGUCGGGUGAGUGUUUGGGCGUGGUGAGCGGCAACGGAAGCGUUGAAGAGUAGUUUGCCGUUUUCACGCCCACAUCCAUACUGUAGCCAUAGCACCUGCUGCUUCGAUUUAUUUGUUAGCAUUGCCCCGCUUUUUGCUUGUUGUUUCUCUCUGCCGUACCGGGCGUAUGUAGGGGAAAGCGGAAAACGCCGUUUGUUGCAACCCCUUGGAAAACAAGGGGUAUUGCUGUGGAUCUUGGCCUGGCCUGGUCUGGCCGUCAUGAAGAAUCAGCGGCUCUAAGUUGUUGUGAACACGUGAAUCCGUCCUGGACACGCGUGGCGAAAAUUCCUUUUGCUCAGACACAGCAGUUGGUCGUGCGUCUCCACCGAAUGCUUGUGCUGGCAGGAGAGACUGAUACCUCCCACAGUAGAUUAACAUCGUUAACCCUCAUGACAACAUGCGGAAAGAUAGUGUAUGAUGUCAAGAGUUUCGUUCACGACAACUGCCGCCGCCGCGUCAUAGGGUUUGUAGAGUAAGUGCAUGAAAAACAAUGGUGGGUGGGGCGUGUGGUGAAGUAACCGCCACCAGGCCAAAUUGAACCAGAUAGUUGUGUCUCAGGCCGCAUGGAUAAAUAAGUUUGUAAGGCCGACGAAAUCGCUUGGCACGGAUUUCGCGCACCAAAAGUGCGAUACCGGCCUACGGUUUCGCCCUCACGCCCACCCCCAGCAAGGCCGGUUUCUCGAAAUGAUGCACGCUGGUUCAUCACCUUUUGCGUGUUCAGCGCCAUCCUGAUGGGCGCACGGAGUAUUCGGCCGGGUAGCGUCGCACAGCAAUGUUUCUCCACAUUGUUCGCUGGUGUGUGGUCUCGUGCCCUCUAGGCGUGAUCCACUCUAAGCGUCCGAAUAUUGAGUGUGGUCCUAUCGGGAGAAAGGUUAUACAGCAUGUACGACUGAAACGCACAGGACAAUCUAGAGACUACCAAACGAAGUACCGUUCUCAACAGCCCGUCGGUUCUUUGACCUUUACGGCGCACACUUGCAGCAACGGUAGGGCCCGCUCGUGCGCCUUGGCAGCGGCCACCAUUGCCGCCGAAGGACUGGUGUUGCACUCCGUUGCCCCUGCAGACAAGCCCGUUGUCACCAGCCUAUAUGCACUUCCAUCGGGAAAAAGCUUGCCUCCCGGAGGGAGAACCAGCGACGGCUGGGUCCUCUCUCCGACAACGCCAUGGAGCCGUGAAUGGUUGCCGCUGCUGCUGCUGUUGCCGGUCGGUACCGACCGCAUCAGGAGCUGCGGGUUGGGGAACCCUCUCAUGGUUCCGAUCAUGGCGUGCCGCAGUCGGAGACACCCCGGUGGCAUCACUCCUGCUGCAACAGCUCGCUCCCGCUGCAGUUCGAUGUCACUGAUACUAAGACCAAUUCCGGCUGCCGCUACUUUAUCUGGAACCGAGGCGGGAGCCCACGGUUCCCCCCCUCCGGCUGCUAGUCGGCUGACGUUGCCAACAUUUCCUUCACCUCUCUCUCCACCAACACGUUUCCGAUUCGCUUGUUCAUGCAGCCGACCCGAGGUGGCUGUUGUCCUCGGCAUCACGGCUUCUGCUUCUGGGCACAUGGUACAACCGUUCUGCCGCUGCGUGGCAACGAAUUCCGCGAGAAGCGAAGCCUGGGGCAAGCGUUCACGGAGUUCGUCGACUAACCCUUCGUAACUGACGUCUGUUCCCGCGCGAGAUGAUAUACCUGGGAACGAUGAAACCGUGGAAAUCUCUGCUGCAG